AUGCCUACUUCCAACAACUCCCUCGAAUUUGUUAUGGACAAGCACUGUGAAAUGGUCAGUCACAGCGGUUCUGCAGACCAAACCCAGUUUUCUGGAAUUGCUUUCGACCCCUUGUGCGAUUUCAACCAAGAGAUUGUCGACGAAAUGCAUGGAGAAGUUGUACUCCGAUCUGUGACAGAUGUCUUUGUCAACCAUGCCGAUAUGGAAUGGACCCGUACCUCGGCCGGAAACCCAGCAGUCACAAACCUCCUCAGUCUCAAAAGUUUCCUGACAACCGAAGUCAACGAGGCCACAACCAAGACAAUUGUUGCACAGAAGCCGAAGACGAAUCUGCCGGAGAAGGUCGAUCCUGAUUCUGUUCCCACUGCAGAAAGCAUAGGUCGAGGUUCGUACCGAAAGUACAACCAAAACCAGGUGAACAAGCUCUUCUCCUUGGUUUUCUCGGAAAACCAGACUGCUGCUGCCGCUGCCAGGGAAACGGGGAUCAAUGUCCGGACUGCCCAGAACUAUGUCAGGCUGGCCAGAGAGAAGAUCCAGGCCGAUUUUGAUGCUGCCACAGUGGAGACUGAUGAGUCCAAUGGGCUGGAGACGAUGGAGGUUGAGGAGGUUUCUGCGCCUAAAGAACGAAAACAUGGCAACCAAAAGUUGUUCCAGGCGCACUCUGCUUUUUUUUUGAAGUUUUUCGAAAAUAAACCAGAUGCUACCUUGGAACAAGCAAGGAUAGCUGUCAUGGAAGAGUUCUCUGGGCUGCAGAUUACCAAAUCAGCAAUCCAGAAGCACUUGGUGAAGAAGUGUGCCCUGACGAUGAAGAAGUUGGAGAAGCUGCCUGAGAAGAGAGACGACGCCAACACAAUUGAGAUGAGACGAGACCGCAUUUUGGAGUGGCAACAACUUGCGGAUUUCAACUAUCUGUCGAACUGUGUGUUCAUCGAUGAAGCAGGCUUCAACAUGCACAUCAAGAGAACUUUUGGCCGUUCCGUCAGUGGCACCCCAGCAAAGACAACUGUCCCGACGCAGAGAGGUGUGUCCAUCACCAUCCUUGGUGCAAUGUGCGAGAGAGGGAUCGUCAGCCUCUCGUUGAAGAAACCCACUGCAGUCGCAACCAAGAAGAAGAGAAAGUUGGACAUCUACACCAACGUUGAGGUGAACGGUCGAAUUGGCACCAGAACCCAGCACUACCUCGACUUUCUUAGUCAUACAAUGGACUUAUAUACAAAAAAUUUAAAAGGGAGGGGGCAAAUUCAGAUGGCAAUAGGAGCAAAUUCAGUUGGUAAUGAAUGCAAAUUCAAUUUCUAUGGAAGCCAAUCAGAUGUCAAUGGGUUCUAA